AAUAAUUGCCGCACACAGGAACGUUUGAAGCGCAAAACUCCUGCGGGAGGAAUAAAUCGAAGAGCGUACCUGUGCCUGCUGGUGGAUGAGUAUUACGAAACGUCCAACUUAGAAGCGCAACAGCAAGUGACUGCCAAUUUAGCAAACUUUGCGUACGAUCCGAUCAAUUGGACGUUUCUGCGCGAAGCAAAAGCACACGAGCUGUUUUACGAUAUCGUUCAGCAGUCCACGGGAAGCGUAGUGGACCGGCUGCUUCUUUUGCAUGCAAUCGUUGGACUGGCAAACAUUUCCCUCGGAUCCAGCGAUUGCAGAAUUUAUCGAGCGAAGCAACGGAUACGACCAGCUUAGAGCGCUGCUGGAGAAAUAUCAAACCGACUGUGAGAUUGUUUGCAACGCGCUGACGUGCUAUUCUUUCCUGCUGAAUGACACCAGCACUGACCAGUUGAAGCAGGACAAAGGUUUGGUGCAUUUGUUAGAAC